CACUUCUACCUUCACUUGCAUUUGAACAGUUCUAAAUUAAAAUUGUACGAAAUGGUUCGAUUAAAGGUCGAUCACCGUUCCGAUUACAGGUCACAACCUUGAUAGUUUCCGAUCCUGCAAACUUUCAAGAAAUGAAUACAGCGUGACUGAUUGUUUCCAACAGCCAAGGCGCCUUCCAAUGGGGCCGCAAGGUUGACCGGUUUAGAGAACAUACAUGGGAAUAUCCCACUCCGGGGCGAAUCGUUCUCUGAGAGAGAAAGUGAGCGCGCGAUCGAGUGCAAUCAUCAUCCACAGAAUGCUUCCAGUCGUAUGUUGAAGCCUGGAGGAACAAGUCGAAAUCAUUUCGUUUCGCUGAUUAAGCGAAUUGUGCACAUUUGUAUCGAAGUAAUGUCGGCCAAAGCUAAACUUUUUGCAACCUUGAUCCUGGUGGUAAUCAUCGUCGUAUUGGCGUUAAUUUUUUAUGGAACUACGCAGGGAAAGUCCGACGGUAAACCGCUGGUGAGUAGUUUAUCUACGACCUCGAAGAAACUACCUCGACCUCCGUCAGACUGUGGACUGGACUCGCCCGAUCGAAUCUUUGGCGGCACGGAAACCGCACUUGGCGAGUUCAGCUGGACGGCCUUGCUGGUUGCCGAGGACACAGACGGAUACAAAUCAACGUAUUGUGGAGCAACGCUCAUCAACUCCCGGUACGUCGUAACGGCCGCCCACUGCAUCAAUCCAAUUAAUUGGACACUAACUGCAGUUCGCCUCGGAGAGCACAACAUCACCAACGGUGAGGAGCAGGAUUGCGAUGAGUAUAAUACUUGUGCGAAUGUUCCGGUGGAGGUCGGUAUUGAAAAGGUGAUCCUGCAUGAAGAGUAUGACGCAAAUAAAAAGCGCGAGUACAACGAUAUCGCGCUGAUCCGGCUGAAUCGGGACGUUGGCUUCUCGACCUACAUCAAUCCGAUUUGUUUGCCCCUUGAGGAUAGUGUACGGCAGAUGAACCAUACAGGGAUGAAGGUCACCGCAGCCGGAUGGGGCUACACGGAAUCGAAUUACUCCAGCGAGGUCAAGCUCAAGGUAUCGUUGGACGUGAUGAACCAUAACAGGUGCGUCAAGGUGUACAAAUCGGCGGAUAUUAGACUGCAGGAUACCCAGCUUUGUGCCGGAGGCAAAAAAGGCGAGGACACUUGCGGGGGCGAUUCCGGCGGACCGUUGAUGCGUGAAAUCGAAGGAAACUACCACCUGAUUGGAGUCGUCAGUUUUGGAGCGGCAAACUGUGGAACCAAGGGCGUGCCCGGCGUUUACACCAACGUGGCCAUGUUCGUCGAUUGGAUCCAGAGCAAGUUAGAGUGACGAUCGUGGAGCAUUAGUUUGGCAUUUAUGUCUAAAGUCUAGGGUAAAGUAGACGUCAAUGAGGUAAAAUUUUGUUAGGGGCUACCCUUAGAACAAAGAAUCCGUUUUGCAUCAUUGCUUUGUCCAUGCAACUCUCCAUAUAAAUUUGGCAGCAGCCAUAUGAAAGUAUUCUAAUGAAUCGGAUCGGUUUCGACUUAAAAGAAAAUCUGUUAAAUCCUAUUCGACUCAAAAUCUAUAUCAAAAACAAAAGUUUUAAAAAUAUGACUCGGCUUUUUUAUGUUGCAUUAUACUUG